AUGAUUGCAGCGUUCUUCCUCUGGGGGGCGCUGCUCGUAGACCACAGUCGAGCACAUGACUGUCCCUCUUCGCCUCUCUCCUCACGUCUCCAUUCCUUUCAUCUGGACGACUAUGAAAACGAAGAGUCGCGGGCGGACCCCCUCCGUACAGCGCUGACCAUGAAGACAACUACCCCCAUCAUUGUGUUUUGCAUCAUACUGGGAGCAGCCAGAGGUCAUGAAAUCUGCUAUGGAGACCUCGGCUGUUUCUCGGAUGCCGCGCCGUGGUCUGGGACCCUCCAGCGGCCAUUAGCUGCACAACCCUGGACUCCGGAGAAGAUAAACACCCAGUUCUUCCUGCUGACCCGAGAGAUCCUGGAGUGUCACCAGAACAUCAGCGCCAGGGACCUUCCCGGCCUCAGAGCCUCCUCAUUCCGGACCUCCCGUGAGACCGUUUUCAUCGUACACGGAAUGGACGACCGAGCGGAGAGUAACUGGGUGUCCGACAUGUGCCACGAGCUCAUAUUGUUGAAAGACGUGAACUGUAUCGGGGUGGAUUGGCGCCGCGGAUCGGGAAACGUAUUGCUGUACGUGCAGGCCGCCAACAAUGGGCGCGUCGUUGGCGCGGAGAUCGCCCAUCUGCUAAAGAAACUUCAGUGUAUCUUCCUCUCCGCAGGUCUGGACCCGGCUCGGCCAUAUUUCGAGAACACGGCGGAAGAAGUUCGUCUUGAUCCCUCCGACGCUGGUUUUGUGGACGUCAUUCACACGGACACCGAGAAGAUAACUGGACUCGGUUUAGCACAACCAGUCGGACAUUUUGAUUUUUACCCGAACGGAGGAAAGCACAUGGCGGGGUGUCCCCACAAGCUGCUGGCAAUCCUGCAGAUUGGUAAAGACAUGUUGAAGGCGUUUGCCUGCGACCACUUCCGAGCGUUCCUCUAUUACACGCACAGCAUCCGAUCCCCCGGCGGCCUCUUCAGCUACCCCUGUGACAGCUACGAGCAUUUCACCUCCGGCUCCUGCUUCCCCUGCCCCCCCCAGGGGUGCCCCACUAUGGGCUAUCACUCAGAGGACUAUUACAACAUCACAAAGCAGAAGAGGAAGUUCUACCUGAUCACUGGUGGGGACCCUCCAAACUUCUCCAGUUGGAGAUAUAAACUUUCAGUGACAUUAAACGGGACGGCAAAAACAUUUGAUAAACUCUUCAUAUCGCUCUAUGGUGCCGGCGGCAACGUGGCCAAACACCAGCUGGGGAGAGGUGGUCGGGUCUCGGAGAACGCCUACUCCGGCUUUAUCGACUCCCCGGUGAUGCUCCAGCCGUUGCGUCAUGUGACAUUUUCCUGGACCCCGAAAAUAUUCAGCAUCAGCAUCCUCCAGCUGGGGGCGUCCAGGACGGACGUACAGAGCGGAGACGAUGGGACCACAGGUGGUCGGGUCUCGGAGAACGCCUACUCCGGCUUUAUCGACUCCCCGGUGAUGCUCCAGCCGUUGCGUCAUGUGACAUUUUCCUGGACCCCGAAAAUAUUCAGCAUCAGCAUCCUCCAGCUGGGGGCGUCCAGGACGGACGUACAGAGCGGAGACGAUGGGACCAC